AUGUCGUCUUUGGAGAAGAUAUUCCAGUUGGUGCAGGUUCUUUUCCAUAACUUGAAUAAAUAAAUUUUUUCUUUCAUUUUAGGAGGAAGGCCGACAAGGGAAGGAAGGCGACGAAAGACGGGCCGGGGCCACGAAAGCCGAUUUCCGAACUCUUUUGCUGUUUGCCGGCGAGAAAAGCGCCCAGCUUGCUGCGGCUCAGGACGCGAUGAUACAAAUCUCCGACCAACUUUAUCAGUUCUACCACCAAAUGGCUCAGAGUCAAGGCGUCCCAGCGGAGAAGUCUGUUAUCGAGGUUAGGAAGAAAAAAAAAGUUAAAUCAUUAUCAAAUAGGAGAAAAUAACUUUUGAAACAUUUUUUGAUGCUCGAGACAGCAUGAAGAAACAAACGGCUUAUUUUCGUAAUCGGUAUUUUUUUUCAAACGAAUUGUAAGAUCAACUUUUAGGACGGUAACAAGGAAAAAAGAAAAUUUUCUGACUCUGUACGGUAUGGAAAACAAGGAAAUGGAAGCUCAAAAAUAAUUUUUUUCGGCCGCUUCCCCUAGGGGUGCACGCCAUCCAGUUCCGAAACGGGGUGCACCAAAAUAUCAACGAGAAGUUCACUUAUUUCGGGAUUCAUUGCGGGUUGAAUCCAAAUUUUUGUUAGAAUUCCGGAAAUUUCCACCUUUUUUAAUGAUCCCUUAUUCGAUACUCACCGAAAAACAAACCAAAAACAUUUCCAGAAUUCUAAAAAGAGAUUUUUUUUUUAAUCUCAGCAAUAGGUUUUUGUAAUUUUUCGCUUGAAUUGAGAGCUCAAUUUGAAAGAGUGGACUUUCUUUUUCUUUCGAGAACCUUACUUUGACUCCAGAUUCAGAAUCAAAGGGAAAAUUUGCAUCUGGGGAUCUUUUGCAGUAGUCGCAUUUUGAUUUCAGAGCGCCCUGAAUAAAUUUUUAUAUUCUGUUUGCCAUGAUAAUUUCACCGAACGACAUUCCCGCUGUUCUGCUGCGUGCGGUCGCGAAGCGUUCUUUCUUUUUGCGAAUCUACAUUUCCGCAGGCGGAAUGUCGUUCCGUGAAAUUUUAAUACAUGUCACCUAGACCAUAUCGAAGCUAUUCAAAAACAAAUGUUUGAAUAUUUCAGAUCGUGAAGAAACUGCGACAGCUGGCGCGCGAAAACGCAGAAGACGUUCCGCGGGUUUCGCUGGCCGACGAGGGCGUGGAGAGCGGCACGGAGACCGACGCCAACGCCUCCAGACCCAUCCCCCUCAACUCGGACCGGCUCGUCAUCGCCCCUUCAUUCAUCCGCGACUUUGAGCCCAAGCUCGGCAGCUUCAAGUUCACUGACGUCCUCAGUGAAACUGAUAUGAGGCAGCGGAUACUGACAGGUUUCUCAUCGAGAGAGUAUAUUUAAUAGAAACGUUGAUUCAGAAGGCAACGCCAUCUCUCAGACAACGGAAAGCAUGAAAAAGUUGCUCUCGGCGGUGAAACGGACGUCGGAACAGGCCUUUAAUCAGGCCGUCUCGGCCAGCGGCGCCGAAAACGACGAGAUCCUCCUUCAGAACAUGAAGCUUCGCAGUUUACUCAGCACAAAGAGGUACAUUUUUCGAACAAAAAAAGUUUUUAAACAUUUUCUAUCGAAUGAGCUAUGAAUUGUCCAAGUUUAUCAGCCUUUAUUCAAAAUCAAAUCGGUUGAAUGGGUGUUUUUUCAGAUGAAGUUUUUUUGACUGAUAUUGCCUUGAUUUUUUUAAAAAUAUUAACACUUUUCCGGAAUUUAUUUGGAAGUUUUUCCGAAAUAAAUCGGAUAAUUUUGGUUAUUUCCAAUUAAAUUUGAAUAAAACUGUAAUAUUUCACAGUCUAAAUUGAAUUUCUAUCCUUAUUUCCGCCCCUACCGACUAUUUAUUAUUAGGUAGGACAUCAUUUACAAUAUUUUACAACUGUUUUUUGCAAAAUAUUUUCACAAGGGCUCAAAGAGAGCCGAUUCUGUUGCAUUUUUGAACUAUUGUUAACUUUCUCCUUUUGAGGGAUCAAAUAUCGACUCUUCGGACUGUGCUGAAAUCGAACAAAGUUGACGGCCGAAUCAGCCUUGGCCUCACUGCGCGAGAAGUACGAGUCUGAAAAACGGGCACAACAGGUUGAUUUUUUCAUAUUUCUGAAAAGCUGAUCUUCUCAUUUGACAGGAUAUCGGAGACCGAAUGCGCCGAGAGCUCAAGCAGCUCAAAGAGGACGCGGCGACGUUCGCCUCACACCGCGCGAUGUUCACGGCGAGAUGCGAAGAGCUCCGAGCCCAGGUCGACGAGCUCCAAGGAGAACUGCGCGCCAACGAGGAAGAAAAGAAGACGCUGAACCAGCUCCUGCGGCUUGCCAUCCAGCAGAAGCUCAAUCUCACUCAGCGGCUCGAAGACGUCGAGGUCGACCGGGAUCGUCAGGCCUUCAAGCGUGCCAGUGGGAAGGCGCCACGAGAGGUGAGCAUUGAUUGAAGAAUGGAAAUAUUAAUUUUAGGAAAGCCUAAAAAAUUUGCAGUUUUAUAAAAAUCAGCAAGUUUCGACUAUCUCAGGAAAAAAAAUUAUAUAAUUCGGUGUCUCUCAUUCAGAUGGGUUUUGGGUAGAAAAUAAUCAAUAGAUUUUUUUUUAUGAAUUUAUUGGCUCUCCUAGUGUUUCUAUCUCAAUAUUUGGACUUGAAAGUUGUUUGAAAAACCUUCCAAAAAUAUUUUGUGACCGUUCGAAGAAGUACAGACUGGUCGUUGGCUGGUAUCGCUUGAAAGUUUGAUAUGGCUUCAAUUUUCCACCAUUUUAAGCGUUUUUAUUUUCUCAAUCGCCGGAAUUUCGACACAGAGCCAGAAUCAGCGUAAUAACUGCAUUUUGAGUUCCUAUUAUCGUUUUUUUCAGUAGUUCCCAAAGUAUAGUUCGUUUUUCGUGAGGGUUUUUACGUGUCGGUGACUACUUUAGUAGCGUCAGCACUCUUAAGAGAUCCCUAGAAGUGCUCGGAAACUUCCCGAGCACGUCCGGCUUUACCUAGGUCCGAGCAAAAGUUAUAAUUUGAUAAACUCGAUUUUUACCUCAAUUAUUGAUUGACGUUGGCAGGUCUACCAGCCGCCUAAGACGGUCCGGUACCCGACGCAACAGACGACGCAGCCUCAGGGGGGCGGUCGUGGAGGACCGCGGAGAGAGAACAGCUAAAGCCCGACGCGCCGACGUCGUCCUCAUCGGGUGCGGAUGACGUCGGCGCGUCGUCUCCGCGGCCUGACGACGUCUUCGGCGCCCUUCUCCUGGAGCUUGAGCUGGAGCAGCUGCGUCGUGGCCUCCGCGAGCCGCUCUUUGCCGACGUCCAACUAGUGAUCCUGACGUUGACGCUUCCGCCCUUGCUCCUCUACUUGUCUGCAGCCAUCAAUGACUUUUCCUUUUGGGACCUUUUACUCAUUUUAUGCUCUUGUUUUUGCCGAAUCCUCGAAAUUUAACUCUCAGUGCUAUUAUAUGUGAUUAUGUUAGAUAUUUUCCCGGAAAGAUUGAUUUACGUUAUGAUAUUGUUAUUAUUCUGCAUGAUUUUACGAGUACUUUUUUUUCCUGUUAAUUAAUUUCUUUUUGUUCUGAUUGCUCAUUUCUAACUUGUUAUCUCGAUGCAAAUUGCUUCUUGUGGUUAAUCUUUCCCGACUUUGAAGCCUUUUUGACCGGAAAAUCGAGAUCGCCUUCCAAGUCGGGAAAAGUAGACUGUACUAAUUCGUGAAUGCCGCGCGUAUAUUCUUGUGCCUUUGAUACUUUCUUGAUAUUUUGUUGUUAUUUCUGCUGGUGCUCCGAGGAGCAUUAUAUAAAAUUUUUAUUACACGAGUAAAAAGUGUAUCGAAUAAAAAUCGGUAAAUGACGAAGAGAAGAAAAUUUUUUCGUUUUAAUCGAAGUUGCAGAUUGAUCCAGAACAUUUUUCUAAUAAGGACGUCGAUUGUAGAUAAUUCGGACAAUAUACAAGAGGUAUGCUUUAGAGAAACAGUUUUUAAAGGAUAAAUAUUGAAUAAGUUCAAUGAAGAAAAAAAGCCUAAUUCAAUUCAAUAUUUAUUGGUUGUUUUAGUCAGAUGGAAUCGACUAGGCGGUGAAAAAAUUGCUCUUUUGAGCGGCACUAACACCGCCUUUGGCGAGAGAGAAGUCAAAACGUGUAGUCGAUUGAAUUGAAAGCAUGGCCUUACGGUCCCUCGCCUCGUUCUUCCACAAGUAGAUACCUCAAUUUCGCGGGUACUGGCAAUCUCGAAAUUUCGAGGAAAAAGACAUGAAAAAUAAUGAUUUUCAAUUGAGAUUUGAGUGUGUUCAUCGGAAAAAAACGAGAAUUGUUCCGAAACGCAAAAUUAUAGUCUGUUCAGAUUUUGAAUGUCACGUUAUAGCUCAAACUCCACCCCCUACGCGUAGAUCAAACCAAUCAGAAAGCGCGCCAUCCACAGAACGUUAUUAGAGGGCGGAGUUUCAAAAUCUGACUAUAUAGUCUGUUCAGAUUUUGAAUGUCAAGUAGAAUGAGGUCUUUUGAAAGCGCUCUGUGAAUGGCUCGCACUCUGAUUGGUUUAUCGCGCCAUUAAGGGGCGGAGCUUCAGCAAGGACUUGACAUUUGAAAUCUGAACAGACUAUAGUACUGCUUUAGAGCAACUUCGGUGCGACAAGGAACACGCUUUUGCGUUUUGAAACGUGCUCCGCUUCUCCAAUGAACACACCAUAA